UACUCGUCGAGCCUACCAGACGCGGCAGCAGCUUCUCGUCGAGCCCAAACAAAGACCGACGACUCAGGUCAGGGAGAGAGAGAGAGAGAGAGGGAGGGAGAGCUAAACCCGGCGGUGCCGGUGCCGGUGAGGCGAGACCCGAAGCCAGAGCGGGUGGUGCCGCCGCGGGGAUGGCGAGCAGGGCGGCGGGGAGGGGCGGGAGGCCGCUGCUUGGGGGCGGCGGCGCGGGAGGAGGGAGGCGGGCAGGGAAGCCGUCCAAGGCGAUCCUGGCCGCGCUGCUGCUGGCGCUGGCUGCGCUGCUGCUCCUCCUGGCGCUGGGCGCGCUCUCGCUCCCCGCCGGCUCCGACGGCGCGGACGGCCGCGGCGCCGCGCUCUCGCUCCACCGCCCGCGCUUCCGCAGAUCCGCCUCCGAGUCGAGGCUGGAGAUGCGCGGGGAGAAGGGGGAGCCGUGGACGGAGGUGCUGUCGUGGGAGCCACGGGCGUUCCUAUACCACAACUUCCUCUCCAAGGAAGAAUGUGAGUAUUUGAUUUCAUUGGCAAAGCCUCACAUGAAGAAGUCGACAGUGGUUGAUUCGGCAACUGGAGGUAGUAAAGAUAGCAGGGUAAGAACAAGUUCAGGAACGUUUCUUAGAAGAGGCCAGGACAAAGUAAUCCGUACCAUUGAGAAAAGAAUAUCAGAUUUCACCUUCAUACCUGCAGAGAAUGGAGAGGGCCUUCAAGUUCUCCACUAUGAAGUUGGACAGAAGUAUGAACCUCACUUUGAUUACUUCCAUGAUGAUUUCAACACCAAAAACGGAGGCCAGCGUAUAGCAACUCUUCUUAUGUACCUUUCGGAUGUUGAAGAGGGUGGUGAGACCGUGUUUCCUUCUGCUAAAGUGAAUAGCAGCUCAAUACCAUUUUAUAAUGAGCUGUCUGAAUGUGCAAAGAGGGGUAUAUCUGUCAAACCAAAGAUGGGAGAUGCAUUGCUUUUCUGGAGCAUGAGGCCUGAUGGAACCCUGGAUCCCACAAGCCUUCACGGGGGGUGUCCAGUAAUAAAAGGUGACAAAUGGUCAUCUACAAAGUGGAUUCGUGUUCAUGAGUACAAAGUUUAGGCAUAACAAACCGGAGACUUAAGGUUAUGCACCAAUUCUUGAAUAUGUGGACGUUUUAGCACAUGAUGAGGACUCCAGUUUUCCAUACAGGAUCGCUUACAUUUUUUUUUCUAGCUUAACCAAGGUUUUGUCUUGGUCGCUUUGUUGUACAUUAACUUGUUGAUUAGGCUUAUGAACCAUGAUCAUUCAGAGAUGUAUUUGUUGAGUGUAUAAAUAAUCAGUUGCCCUCCUAUUGCAAAUCGAGAUAGUAAUUGGUGUGAAACUCGAAAAUGUUCUUCAGCCCUCAAGAGACUGGUCGCCUGGUAUCGUGGUCAUUAAUCUCCUUGGGAUCAGCAAUUCAUUAUGCUAUUGUGCUA